AUGGGCGCGAAUCGCUCGAAAAACAAGCAACCAUUAUUGCCAUCACAAUCGCCAUCAUCAUCUCCUCGUUCAAGGCGUGAAUCCCUUUCAAGUGCUGAAUCCCUUUCAAGUGCUGAAUCCCUUCCAAGUGCUGAAUCCCUUCCAAAUGCUGAAUCCCUUCCAAAUGCUGAAUCCCUUUCAAGUGCUGAAUCCCUUCCAAAUGCUGAAUCCCUUCCAAAUGCUGAAUCCCUUUCAAGUGCUGAAUCCCUUUCAAGUGCCAAAGCAGAUCGAACUUUACGUAAACAAACAAUUGAUACACUUUAUGCCAUGCGUGUAUUCAUUCGACAUCUUCAUGAACAACUCGACGAACUCUGUGCUAAAUCACGUAUUAGCUCUAAAACAACGCUCUAUCGAGGACAAGCUAUGGCAAAUCAUGAGUUUGAAGAAUUAAAGACAAAUCGAGGUCAUUUACUGUGUAUCAACAAUUUUCUCUCGUCGAGUGAGAAGCAUGAAGUUGCAUUGCUCUUCGCUCAAAAAGCUUGUGAUGACCCAAACAAGACUCCAGUGAUCUGGGUGAUCGAAGUUGACCCAGCAAUAAAAAGCAACAUCCCAUUUGCUAACAUUGAACAAGACAGUAACUUUGGUGAAGAAAAGGAAUGGCUCUUCUCGACGGGUACGGUCUUUCGAAUUGGUUCAACGCUACUGAGCAGCGAUGGAAUAUGGUACAUUUACCUUCGGCUAACAAACGACACUGAUCCUCAGCUAAAUAGUCUCACUCAACACUUGAAUUAUACCAUCCGAUCUCGGAAUUCAUUGAUCGAAUUGGGUAAAUUGAUGUGGGAGAUGGGCGACUAUGAACGGAACGAACAAUUCUAUAUGAAAGCUCUGGAAGUAGAGAGUGAUUGGAGACGUCGUUCGGGAAUAUUGAAUCGUCUAGGAAUGAUAUGCUGCAAAAGAAAUGAACUCGAAAAAGCCCUUGAUUAUUAUCAGCAAGCACUCAAUAUCGAUCGACAACAUAUUUCAGAAGAUGAUUCUUCGCUAAGUCCGAUCUAUAACAAUCUUGGAUCACUAUAUCAAGAUCAAGGAAUGCUCAAAAUGGCUGAGGAAUAUUUUCAACGUGCUCUCAAGAUAGAUUCAGCCUCAACGCAUCCUAAACAAGAAUGGAUUGCUACAAGCUACAACAAUAUUGCAGGCGUGCUUGCUGCUCAAGGCCAAUAUGCGGGCGCAUUGUUGUGGCAUCACCGUGCACUUAAAAUUCGGGUUCAAAUAUUUCCAUCAACGCAUUCCAUGAUUGCUCUAUCCUACAACAAUAUUGCCAUAGUUCUUACGCGCUUGGAUCGUUUUACAGAGGCACACAAAUAUUCUCAGAAAGCGGUUAAUAUAGCUUCGCAAUUACUUCUGACAACACAUCCAGACAGAAAACUCUAUGAGGAAAAUCUCCACUUUAUCCGACGAUUUAUUCCAUGAUACACGAAAUUUGCUCUUCUGUGCACAAGAAAGGCAUUGAACUCUUAUUCACUUAUUUCCGUUUCUACUAACUAUGCUUUUUUAAAGAUUUUGGUAUUUUGUCGUAAUAUCGUCAGCUGUGAUCUUAAAGGAAGCUCCUCCUGAAUAAAUACAAACGGUUUCGACGGUUGCAACUACACUCUAAAAAAAAUCCGUUCUCUAGAAAACCCAAAACCGUUCGAGAACUCAUUCGGAAACCCUCAGAGAUUUUCGAACGAGUUUCCGGUCUCCUGGAGCGUUUACGAAAACACUUUCUUGGUUUCCUAAGGCUCGGAAACCGAUCGGUUUUCGAAAAUACCGAUUUGAACACUCUAAAAGUAUUUUCGGAGGGUGUGGGUGUGGGUGUGGGUGUGGUGGGUGGGUGUGGG